AUGGGAUGUGGUUCAUCGCAUCGAAAACUUCACGAUCCAUCACCUUAUGCACCACCGACUGAAAUCUCGAUAAAAGCUGCCAUCUUAAUUCAAAAAUGGUAUAGACGUUGCUUGGCACGUCUGGAAGCACGUCGUCGUGCAACGUGGAGCAUAUUUACAGCAUUAGAGUAUGUCGGUGAACAGAAUCAAUUAAAGUUGUACAAUUUUUUCAGCGAAAUAAUCGAUACAUUGAAUGAAACGGAGGAUAAAUUGCACCAUUCCGCCAUGCUAACACACGGAAAUGAAACAGCGGAUGAGAAGAGAUUAUUGGAAAUGACCCGACCAGAAUCAUUCAAAGUCGAGAAAGGCUACAAAGGCCCCAAUAUUUCAUUGCCGCUCAAAAAAAUUCACAUUGAACAAAUGAUGGAUGCAUUUAAAGAUAAUAAAAUAAUGCAUAUCAGUUACAUAUUAUUGAUAUUACAUGAAGCUCGGCGUGUAUUUAAAACGCUUCCAACAGUUGUUGAAUUAUCUACGUCUCUCUCAAAACAAAUUACAAUCUGCGGAGAUUUGCAUGGAAAAUUUGAUGAUUUAUGUAUUAUUCUUUAUAAGAAUGGUUAUCCAUCGAUUGAUAAUCCAUACAUAUUCAAUGGCGAUUUCGUUGAUCGUGGUACUCAGUCCAUAGAAGUAUUCGUGGUACUUUGCGCACUUGUCAUCUUAAAUCCGUCAUCAGUAGUGUUAAAUCGCGGUAAUCAUGAAGAUCAUAUUAUCAAUCUACGCUAUGGUUUUGUGAAAGAAUUAAUGACAAAAUAUAAGAAAUCAGCAAAUGCAUUAGUGAAAUUACUGGAUGAUAUCUUCUCAUGGUUACCACUUGCAACAGUUAUUGAUAAUAAAAUAUUUGUUACACAUGGUGGUAUUUCGGAUACAACAAACUUGGAUGAACUUAAAAAUUUACCUCGGUAUCAGUAUGGAUCAGUGCUCAGGCCACCGCAUUACUUUGUUGGCAUGCAAAGGAAAAGUGUUGAUGAUAAAGAAUGGAAAUUAAUUUUGGAUAUAUUAUGGAGUGAUCCAAAAGAGCAAAAUGGUUGUACGGCAAAUGUUUUCCGAGGUGGCGGAACAUAUUUUGGUCCCGAUGUUACUCGAACAUUUCUUGAAAAGCAUCAAUUGGAUAUGAUUGUUCGAUCGCAUGAAUGCAAGUAUGAAGGAUAUGAAUUGACACAUAACGACAAAGUAUUAACUAUAUUUUCCGCAUCAAAUUAUUAUGAAUAUGGUAGUAAUCGAGGUGCAUAUGUUAAAUUUCUUGGUGCUAAUCAUGAACCACAUUUUGUACAAUAUCAAGCAACCAAGGCACAUCGACAAGUUAUUAGUGCAAGAGAAAGGAUUGAUGCUGUGGAACAAUCAGCUAUGCAAAAUUUACGAGCACAAUUGGAUGUAUUUAAUAAGCAACUACAAAAUGAAUUUGAAAUUUUGGAUCCAUUAAAUACUGGUGAAAUUUCCAUCCAUAAAUGGUGCAAAUGUGUGGAAAGUAUUUCUGGCCUUAGUUUGCCAUGGUAUUUACUAGCUCCACGACUUGUUACCGUAACUGAGGAUGGUAAAAAUGUAUUAUACAAGCAAAAUUCAUCAACUGUACAAAUUUUUAGUGGUGAUAAGAAAAUAAUGCAGAAGAAACCACAUGUGAUAGAAACAUUAUACAGACAUAAAGAUUCUCUCGAAGCAAUAUUUCGCUUUAUGGAUAAAGAUAACUCAGGCUUUGUAUCUGUGGAUGAAUUCAUCGAUGCAUGCAAAAUUUUGGGCCAAUAUACUCGUAAUCCACUAAAAAUACCUCAUUUGGAACAAAUAGCGGAAAGUAUUGAUUUUAAUAAGGAUGGUUAUAUUGACUUGAAUGAAUUCCUGGAAGCAUUCCGUCUUGUUGAUCAAGGAACUGAAUAA